UGUCACUACAUAACCUAUCUCCGUCUCCCUGCGAUCCUUAGAAAUAGAUGUGCGGGGCAGAGCGGGCAGCAGGCGCACACUGUGGGGAAAUGAAACACGCUGCAGGUCCCGAAGCAGCAGACGAGCUGGGCAGACCCGUUCACUUCAUCUCUCAGCGGGACAUCACACACCGUCCGGGGUCAUGCUGUUUCUUCAUGAGUUAUUAUCGGCUUAUUGGAUCGCAGCUGAGUGAAAGAGAAAGUCCACACUGGAUGUGAACCUACGCACUUGUCUCUGCCACCGUGGAUGAAAUCUUUGCAUAGCCUACUUGAUGUCUGAAUAACUCCAGCGCAUUUUCUCCUUCUUCUCACAGAUUUCGGAUUAUUCCUUUAAAACAAGGAGAUAUGUUGGUCUUUUUUGUAAUCAGCCUGGCCGUGUUGUCAGAUGCAGGUCUGUCGGUGGAGGUGUUUCGUGCAGGUGUGGCCCCUCGCUGUGAGAGCCGGGCAUGCAACCCCCGCAUGGGUAACUUAGCCCUGGGUCGCCGGGUCAUGACGCAGACCGUCUGUGGCAACAACGGCACCGAGCUCUACUGCUCCUACUCCGACCCCAACACCAAUCUGGCCUGCAGUGCCGCCAAGUGCGCCAAAUGCAACGCCGGCUUGCCUCUCCUGUCCCACCUGGCCGGGGCCAUGUCCGACUCCUCCUUCCGUCACCCCAACACCUGGUGGCAGUCAGCUGAGGGGGUGGAGUCUGAGACGGUGCAGCUGGACCUGGAGGCGGCGUUCUACUUCACACAUCUCAUCAUAGUGUUUCGCUCGUCGAGGCCUGCUGCCAUGACCCUGGAGCGUUCGCAGGACUUUGGGAAAACGUGGAAGAUGCUGCAGUACUAUGCCAGCAACUGCAGCGCCGCCUUCGGGAUGGAGGAGGGAAAGGCAGGUGUGGGCCGGGACGGGGCCACCUGCAACUCCAAAUACUCCAGGGCUUAUCCGUGCAACCGUGGAGAGGUUAUCUACCGCACUCUCCCAAAGUGGGAGUCCCUGGAUCCGUUCGGGGUGGAGGGCCAGCAGCAGCUGAGGGUGACCAACGUCCGAAUCCGACUGCUGAAGCGUCAGUUGUGUCCCUGCCAGGCCAAAGACCUUGCCUCCGCAAACAAAGCUCUUCCAACCCAACACUUUGCCAUCUACGACCUAAUAGUGAAGGGAAGCUGCUUCUGUAACGGACACGCCGAGCAGUGUGUUCCUGCACCGGGCUACCAGCCCAUCAGAGACCGCACCAACCAUGUGGUCCAUGGGAAGUGUGUGUGCAGACACAACACUGCAGGUGAUCACUGCGAGCGCUGCGCUCCUCUCUACAACGACCGACCCUGGCAGCCCGCUGACGGACUGACGGGCGCGCCACACGAAUGUCGGAAGUGUAAGUGUAACGGACACGCUCAGAGCUGCCGUUUUGACUGGACGGCGUGGCGUGAGUCUGGACAGCGCAGCGGAGGCGUUUGUGACUGUCUGCACAACACUGAAGGACGUCAGUGUCAGAAAUGCAAAGCUGGCUUCUACAGAGACCCCCAGAGAACACAGACAGCCCCCGAGUCCUGCAAACCAUGCAACUGUCACCCCUUGGGCUCCAUGCCCUUCCACUUGGCUGACGGCUCACUCUGCGACCCUUCCAACGGAAACUGCAUCUGCAAACCUGGUGUAGGUGGAGCCAACUGUGACAGCUGCAUGGUGGGAUACUGGGGCUUCCACGAAUAUGGCUGCCGUCCAUGCGAUUGUGCAGGAGACUGUGAUCCGUUUACUGGAGACUGUAUGUUUGUCUCUGAUCUGGACCUGUACAACUCAGAUGGAAACUCCAGCAAGCCGGUGAGGAUCUUCAGAACAGAUGAACUCUUCUCUGCCUUUCACUACUCAGAGAAGUGUGAGUGCAAAGAGCAAGCCCUGACCAACAGUAAACUGUUCUGCACCAUGAAUUAUGCAUACGUCCUGAAGGUGAAAGUGCUGUCAGCCCACGAUAAGGGCUCCCACGCCGAGGUGGAGGUCAAAGUUCAGAAGGUGCUCAGUCAGAACGCCAAGGUGAAGAUACAGCGGGGUCGGGUCACUCUUUACCCUGAAUCCUGGACUGCACGGGGCUGCACCUGCCCCAUCCUCAACCCAGGGGUGGAGUACCUUGUGGCGGGCCACUCGGACCGUAAGCAGGGCCGCCUCCUGGUCAACAUGAAGAGCUUCGUCAAACCUUGGAAAGCCAGCUUGGGGCGCAAAGUCCUCACGCUGCUCAAGAAAGACUGCAACUGGUAGACGGACUGUAAAAACACUGGAGGACAGAUGGACACAUAGACAACAAUGCCGUGGAUUUUCUUGUCCUCCAGGUGUGGAAUAUUGAAUUAAGCAGGUUUUUAGGGGCUGAACUGAGAUGAUUGAAACCCCCUUUAUUUCCCUGCUGUUGUCCAAUGAGAGCUUGUGGCGGACUGCACCAGCUCAAAGCACACAGGAUAUAAAUUUAUUAAGACAUAUCAUGUCUUGCACAUUCCUAUGUAGGAUUUCUUUUGAUGCUGCAGCUCAAGAAAUGGAGGAAUUCAGCGCUUUGGCCAGAGUGACUCCCUCUGGACGUAUUGACAUACAUUAAAACUGAAUCUCUUCCUCUCUGCAGCACUUUAGCCUAAGAUGGACUGAGGGAAUAUGGACAAACAAAGAGAGGAGGAUUUAACAUACACACUAAAUGAGCCCCCUGACAUGGAGCAUGUCCAUUCCCUAUUACACUCCUUCACACAGGCAGCAGUGUAUGUGUGUGCUGACAUAAUGUGCAAAGCACCCAGAGUGACGCUGAACAAGCCAUACAAGCCACUACAGGUGGUUAAAUCUUAGCCAGUCCAGGUGUGCCUGUGUUGAAAUCAGAGUGCAUGGGUUUUACCCCGAACGUGAAUGUAUUUGCCUGUUUUGCAAAUGUGUGUGUGUGCAUGUGAGACAGAGAGAGAGAGGGUGUUUGAAUGCAGAGGUAUAUUACGAGCACAGUCCAGAUUCAGUCCAGCUCUGAAGCUUUUCCCUAGGUUUGUGAGUACACUUUCAAAAACAGCCGUUCCAAUGUUUAUGAUACAGCGUCAUGUAUAUCGAUUCAUCUCAUAUUACACUCAACUCAGAAAAUCCUUGUUAUUCCUUCCUUUGUGCUCUUGUACAGUAUUAUUUGUAUAUAUCUAUAUAAAUAUUAUGUUCAUCUUUCUCCCUCUGUUUAAUUGUUUUUGUAUGUCGUAAUAUUAAAGGAUAAUUACAACUUUGGUCUUA